GCCAAAGCGACAAGUAAUCAUGGAGGAAAUGGCUCCGAGACAUAUUCUUCGCUUCACCAUGUCUUUUAUACUUUCCCGGUACUUCCUCGCUCUCACGCACCGCUGAUUCAAUCGAAAUGGUACAUUGGUGACGAACAUUGGUAACCUCCAAGCAGUCAUGGCACAACCGGAUAUCAAAGGAUCGUACCUACACUGGGACUCGAUCAGUCCGGAGGCGGAACGCCUGCAUCAAGAGAGCAUCGACUACCUUAUCAGAAUAUGGCCGUCUAUCCGAGAUCGGAAGGCAGACUCUCAGACUUGGGGUGAUGAGGUGGAGUCUCAGCUUGUGAAAUUUGACGCCCCCGCUCGCGAAGUGCAUCUGUCAUUAAAACAAGAUGAAGUGCUCGCGAAAGUCGGCAACAGAGAUGAUGUUGGGUUAUUCCAGCCCGAGUACGGGAGGUAUAUGGUUGAAUCCACGCCAACGAUACCCUAUGGGAGCUCUCCUUCCGCACUCACUAAAGUGGAAAAUAACCUCAGGACCCGUCGCAAGACGAUUCAGUCGUAUUUGGGUGAUGACGAAGCGCUGCUGACACUGUCAUUAUUCCCCUUGUUGCAUCUGAAAGAGCUGAGGAAAGCGAUUCGGGCACCCCUGGAUCGAAAUGACAGUGAGGUUUACACUGAAGUCACUGCAAGUGGCAAAUACGUUGCAGGACGCAUAAAUAUCAAGGCCAGGCGCAACAAACCGGUCGAUAUAGAAGUACCUGUUUUCCAAGACACGCACACAUCGAAAAGCACCAAAAUCUUGCUCGAAGAUACCAUCUUCGGUGCCGGAGGCUGCGGUCUGCAGGCGACCUUCCAAACGGAGACUCUCGAAGACGCUCAAUUUCUACACGAUCAACUUGCCGUAAUCGGACCAAUCAUGUUAGCGUUGACUGCAUCGACGCCGAUAUACAAGGGAACUCUUGCCGACACGGACGCACGCUGGGAUCAAGUCGCAGGAGCGGUCGACGACCGCCAGGUGCACGAAGCGUCAGGGCAUGGCUACCAUAAACUCAAGAGCCGCUGGUCACUCUGUCCGAUGUAUCUCGGUCCCUUGGACCCUUUGGACGGAAUCGACCACUAUCUGGACCCGCAUACGGAACAACAGAACCGUCAGAUCCGGGAUCUGCUGGUCUCUGAGGGGAUGGAUCCGGUCAUGGCCAGUUACUUCGCCACCCUCCAUGCUCGAGACCCGCUUUAUCUCCACAGUCAAGACCACACCGUCGACAGCGUCACGCCCGAGGACGUGCACCGCAGCAUUUGCGCGAGCGUCUGGAGCCACGUGCGACUGAAGGUCCCAGAGCCGGAAGAAGAGCAAGGGUGGCGGGUCGAAUUCCGCCCCAUGGAAGUGCAACCAUGUGAUUUUGAGAAUGCGGCCAUGUUGGUCUUCUUGAGCUUGCUGAAGCAGGCCUUGGGGUGGGAUCGCAGCAGCAGUUCGCGUCAGACGGCGCGGCAGUGGUACAUCCCGCUGACCGCCGUGGAAGAAAACAUGUCGCGAGCGCACUCGAACAACGCGGUCCUCACGGAGAAGUUCUGGUGGCCGACGAGAGGACCGAGUCCGGGGAAAAUAGAGCUGACAGUGGACGAGAUCAUCAACGGGACGAGCGAGGGAAGCGAUGGUCUGAUCCCCCUUGUAGAAUCCUACCUGAACCACGUUCGUCUGGAUGAUAGCAUUCCCGAGGCGGACUCCAAGUCGCACAUGGAGCAGGUUCAGAAGUACAUCGACUUUGUACGACGGCGUGCCAGGGGCGAAGUGCCGACUCCGGCGCAGUGGAUCCGGGGAAUGGUGUCGAAGCACCGAGAUUACAAGCAGGACUCGAUGAUUUCGCAAAGCGUGUGCUAUGAUCUUAUGAGGGCAUUCCAGGAGCGGGGGAGGGGGUAA